AUGACCGAAUCCGAAGAAAAGAACGAUGUCUCCAGCACCUUACAAAUCGAAGAAGUUCAUGUCGUAAAAAAAACCCACGCAGACGGCGUUGUCGACUUCGUGGAUACUCGUGCUAUCGGUGGAGCUGCCGAAGAAAUGCCUCCUGGCUACUUCUGGAGUUUUCAAUUCAUUGGAACUGUUAUCGCCGUCUGCACGGGAUCCAUUUGCGCAUACCUAGGAUGGGUGUUACCAGCGAACACACUCACUCUGAUCAAUGCGGAUAUCGGGCCCUCGACGAAUCUUAAUUGGGUAGCCACUAUCUGGACUAUUGGAAGCGCCAUCGGGUUUUUACUGGUGGGCCGUCUUUCUGACAUCUUUGGCCGCAAAUGGAUGGUCAUGGGAACAUCAAUUCUUGGUCUCCUGGGGUGCAUUGUAGGUGGUACAGCAAAGAGCAUCAAUACUUUGAUUGGGGCGAACCUGAUGAAUGGGAUUGCAGCCGCCGGACAGCUUUCCUUUGGUAUUGUGCUAGGAGAGUUGGUGCCGAAUAAGCACAGAGGGCCGAUUGUCACGCUGGUUUUUUUGUCAUCCCUGCCUUUUGCUGUCUUCGGGCCUAUCAUUGCCCGACUAUUCAUCCUCCACACAGCCGCUGGCUGGAGGUGGUCCUACUAUCUCGGAAUAAUACUCUCCGGCAUCACCAUCAUCCUAUACCAAUUCCUGUACCACCCACCAACCUACGACCAACUCCACGUCCACGGCAAGACGCGAUGGGAGCAGUUCAAAGAGCUUGAUUUCGUUGGUAUCUUCUUGUUCGUCGCUGGCAUCAUCGUCUUCUUAAUCGGGCUUUCGUGGGGCGGAACUACGUAUCCCUGGAAGAGUGCAGCCGUCAUCUGCGCCCUCAUACUCGGCGGCUUCACGCUCAUCGGGUGGGCAUCUUCGGUUGUCGGUGGUGGUAUUCUACUCGGUCAAACGUUCGGUGGCUUUGCUAUCUCGUACCUACCGAAGGUGAAGUGGCAGGUCAUCAUCCUAUCCGUGCUUUGCACUGCGUUCCUAGGUGCGGAAGCGGGACUGCAGGCGGAUGCUUAUGGGACUUUCAUCACGCUCGGUGUUCUAGCUACUUUUGUUAUCGGCUGGGUAGACAAUAUCACUUUCCCCGGUGUAACCCUCCUCUGGGAGGCUCAAGACAUUGGUCUUGCGACUGGAGUUCUCGGUUCCAUCCGCGCCAUUGGCGGCGCCGUCGCGCAAGCCCUAUACGUCUCCAUACUCACCAACAAAGUCUCCGUCUACCUCCCCAAAUACGUCAUUCCUGCCGCAACAUCCGCCGGCCUCCCGGAGUCCUCUCUUCCCGCACUUUUCGCUGGCAUCAUAGCUGGAAACUUCUCCGCGGUGCCGGGUGUCACACCCGAGAUUAUCGCGGCCGCGGGUGCGGCGACAUCAAAGGCGUAUUUGGAGAGCUUUAGGAUUGUGUUUUAUGCGACUAUUCCAUUUGGGGCGUUGCUUAUCUUCUUUGCGUGUUUGAGCCCCAAUUUUGAGAAGUAUUUGAGUAUGAAUGUGGCGAAGAGAUUGCAGAAAAUGGGCAAAUUGGCCGGCGAGGGACAUGAGAGAGAGGGCGACGCUGUCUAA